ACAGUUAAAAACAUAGCAGAUUUGAGGCAAAAUUUAGAAGAGACUAUGUCCAGUCUUCGUGGGACUCAGAUAAGCCACAGCACCCUGGAGACAACAUUUGACAGCACUGUGACGACAGAAGUGAAUGGAAGGACCAUCCCCAACUUGACAAGUCGACCCACUCCCAUGACCUGGAGGUUGGGACAGGCGUGUCCUCGACUUCAGGCAGGAGAUGCUCCUUCCAUGGGUGCUGGCUACACUCGCAGCGGCACGGGUCGGUUCAUCCACACAGAUCCCUCGAGGUUCAUGUACACAACACCACUCCGUCGAGCUGCUGUCUCUCGACUGGGAAAUAUGUCACAGAUUGACAUGAAUGAGAAAGCAAGCAGUGACCUGGACAUGUCUUCUGAAGUUGAUGUUGGUGGCUAUAUGAGUGAUGGUGAUAUCCUUGGGAAAAGUCUUAGGGCUGACGACAUCAACAGUGGGUACAUGACAGAUGGAGGGCUCAACCUGUAUACUAGAAGUCUGAACCGAAUCCCAGACACAGCAACCUCCAGAGAUGUCAUCCAGAGAGGAGUUCACGAUGUGACGGUGGAUGCAGACAGCUGGGAUGACAGCAGUUCAGUGAGCAGUGGUCUCAGUGAUACCCUCGAUAACAUCAGCACUGAUGAUUUGAACACCACCUCCUCUGUCAGCUCUUACUCCAACAUCACUGUCCCUUCCAGAAAGAACACUCAGCUGAAGACAGAUUCAGAGAAACGUUCCACAGCAGAUGAAACCUGGGAUAGUACUGAAGAGCUGAAAAAAACAGAAGAAGACUUUGACAGCCAUGGGGAUGCAGGUGGCAAGUGGAAGAGUGUUGCCUCUGGACUUCCUGAAGACCCUGAGAAAGUAGGGCAGAAAGCUUCCCUGGCUGUUUCACAGACAGGUUCCUGGAGAAGAGGCAUGUCUGCUCAGGGAGGAACUCCAUCGAGGCAGAAAACUGGAACAAGUGGGCUCAAGACUCCUGGGAAAACCGAUGAUGCCAAAGCUUCUGAGAAAGGGAAAGCUCCCUUAAAAGGAUCAUCUCUGCAAAGGUCUCCUUCAGAUGCAGGGAAAAGCAGUGGAGAUGAAGGGAAAAAGCCCCCUUCGGGCAUUGGAAGAUCAACUGCCACCAGCUCGUUUGGAUUUAAGAAGCCAAGUGGAAUAGGGUCCUCGACUAUGAUCACCAGCAGUGGCGCGACCAUCACAAGUGGCUCAGCAACACUGGGGAAAAUUCCCAAAUCUGCUGCCAUUGGUGGGAAAUCCAAUGCAGGGAGAAAAACUAGUCUGGACGGUUCCCAGAAUCAGGAUGAUGUUGUGCUUCAUGUUAGCUCAAAGACUACCCUACAAUAUCGCAGCUUGCCCCGUCCUUCAAAAUCUAGCACCAGCGGCAUUCCUGGCCGAGGGGGACACAGAUCCAGUACCAGCAGUAUUGAUUCCAAUGUCAGCAGCAAGUCAGCAGGGGCCACUACCUCGAAGCUGAGAGAACCCACUAAGAUUGGGUCAGGGCGCUCGAGUCCUGUCACCGUCAACCAAACAGACAAGGAGAAGGAAAAAGUAGCAGUCUCAGAUUCAGAGAGUGUUUCUUUGUCAGGUUCUCCCAAAUCCAGCCCCACCUCUGCCAGUGCCUGUGGUGCACAAGGGCUCAGGCAGCCAGGAUCCAAGUAUCCAGAUAUUGCCUCACCUACAUUUCGAAGGUUGUUUGGUGCCAAGGCAGGUGGCAAAUCUGCCUCUGCACCUAAUACUGAGGGUGUGAAAUCCUCCUCAGUAAUGCCCAGCCCUAGUACCACAUUAGCACGGCAAGGCAGUCUGGAGUCACCAUCGUCCGGUACGGGCAGCAUGGGCAGUGCUGGAGGGCUAAGUGGCAGCAGCAGCCCUCUCUUCAAUAAACCCUCAGACUUAACUACAGAUGUUAUAAGCUUAAGCCACUCGUUGGCUUCCAGCCCAGCGUCGGUUCACUCUUUCACAUCAGGUGGUCUCGUGUGGGCUGCCAAUCUGAGCAGUUCCUCUGCAGGCAGCAAGGACACUCCGAGUUACCAGUCCAUGACUAGCCUCCAUACGAGCUCGGAGUCCAUUGACCUCCCCCUCAGCCAUCAUGGCUCCCUGUCUGGACUGACUACAGGCACUCACGAGGUCCAGAGCCUGCUCAUGAGAACUGGUAGUGUGAGAUCUACUCUCUCAGAAAGAUAUACCCCAUCAUCUCGGCAGGCCAACCAAGAAGAGGGUAAAGAGUGGUUGCGUUCUCAUUCUACUGGAGGGCUACAGGACACUGGCAACCAGUCGCCUCUGGUCUCCCCUUCUGCCAUGUCAUCUUCUGCAACUGGAAAAUACCACUUUUCCAACCUGGUGAGCCCAACAAAUCUUUCUCAAUUUAACCUUCCUGGGUCCAGCAUGAUGCGCUCCAAUAGCAUCCCAGCUCAAGACUCUUCUUUCGAUCUCUAUGAUGACUCCCAGCUCUGCGGGAGUGCCACUUCUCUGGAGGAAAGGCCACGUGCCAUCAGUCAUUCCGGAUCAUUCAGAGACAGCAUGGAAGAAGUUCACGGCUCUUCCUUAUCACUGGUCUCCAGUACUUCUUCCCUUUACUCUACCGCUGAAGAAAAGGCUCAUUCAGAGCAAAUCCAUAAGCUGAGGAGAGAACUGGUUGCAUCACAAGAAAAAGUUGCUACGCUCACAUCUCAGCUUUCAGCAAAUGCUCACCUUGUAGCAGCUUUUGAAAAGAGUUUAGGGAAUAUGACUGGCCGAUUGCAAAGUCUAACCAUGACAGCGGAACAAAAGGAGUCUGAACUUAUUGAACUAAGAGAAACCAUUGAAAUGCUGAAGGCCCAGAACUCUGCUGCCCAGGCAGCUAUUCAGGGAGCGCUGAAUGGUCCAGACCACCCUCCCAAAGAUCUUCGCAUCAGAAGACAGCAUUCCUCUGAAAGUGUUUCUAGUAUCAACAGUGCCACAAGCCAUUCCAGCAUUGGCAGUGGUAAUGAUGCGGACUCCAAGAAAAAGAAAAAGAAAAACUGGGUGAACUCUAGAGGAAGUGAGCUGAGAAGCUCUUUCAAACAAGCCUUUGGGAAGAAAAAGUCCACCAAACCGCCUUCCUCACAUUCCGACAUUGAAGAGCUUACUGAUUCAUCUCUUCCAGCAUCCCCCAAAUUACCCCAUAAUGCUGGUGACUGUGGUUCAGCAUCCAUGAAACCCUCCCAGUCUGCCUCAGCGAUAUGUGAAUGCACAGAGGCUGAGGCAGAGAUAAUUCUGCAGCUGAAGAGCGAGCUCAGAGAAAAAGAAUUAAAAUUAACGGAUAUUCGGCUGGAGGCCCUGAGCUCUGCUCAUCAUCUUGAUCAGAUCCGGGAAGCCAUGAACCGGAUGCAGAAUGAAAUUGAAAUAUUGAAAGCGGAAAAUGACCGGUUGAAAGCAGAAACUGGUAACACAGCCAAGCCUGCUCGGCCACCGUCAGAAUCCUCAAGCAGCACUUCCUCUUCAUCUUCAAGGCAGUCAUUAGGGCUUUCUCUAAACAAUUUGAACAUCACAGAAGCUGUUACCUCAGAUAUUUUACUAGAUGAUGCUGGUGAUGCAGCUGGGCAUAAAGAUGGCCGCAGUGUGAAAAUUAUAGUCUCCAUAAGCAAGGGCUAUGGUCGAGCAAAGGAUCAGAAGUCUCAUGCAUAUUUAAUAGGAUCCAUUGGUGUUAGUGGAAAAACCAAGUGGGAUGUCUUAGAUGGUGUAAUUAGACGUCUCUUUAAGGAAUAUGUGUUCCGAAUCGAUACAUCCACUAGCCUUGGUCUGAGCUCUGAUUGCAUUGCAAGCUACUGUAUAGGAGAUUUAAUUCGAUCUCAUAACCUAGAAGUGCCUGAACUGCUGCCUUGUGGAUACCUUGUUGGAGAUAAUAAUGUCAUCACUGUGAACCUGAAAGGGGUAGAAGAAAACAGUUUGGACAGUUUUGUUUUUGAUACGCUGAUUCCUAAACCAAUUACCCAAAGGUACUUUAACUUGUUGAUGGAGCAUCACAGAAUCAUACUUUCGGGACCAAGUGGUACUGGAAAGACCUAUUUAGCAAACAAACUUGCUGAAUAUGUAAUAACCAAAUCAGGGAGGAAAAAAACAGAGGAUGCAAUUGCCACUUUUAAUGUGGACCACAAGUCAAGUAAGGAAUUACAACAGUAUCUAGCUAACCUGGCUGAACAGUGCAGUGCUGAUAAUAAUGGUGUUGAGCUUCCAGUUGUAAUAAUCCUUGAUAAUCUUCAUCAUGUGGGCUCUCUGAGUGAUAUCUUCAAUGGUUUCCUUAAUUGUAAAUACAACAAAUGUCCAUAUAUUAUUGGAACAAUGAAUCAGGGAGUUUCUUCAUCACCAAAUCUAGAGCUUCAUCACAAUUUCAGGUGGGUAUUAUGUGCAAAUCACACAGAACCAGUGAAAGGCUUUUUAGGCAGAUAUCUUCGAAGAAAACUGAUAGAAAUAGAAAUUGAAAGGAACAUACGCAAUAAUGACCUAGUCAAAAUUAUAGAUUGGAUUCCUAAGACGUGGCAUCAUCUCAACAGUUUUUUGGAAACACACAGUUCUUCUGACGUUACCAUUGGUCCUCGACUUUUCCUUCCUUGCCCCAUGGAUGUAGAAGGUUCUAGAGUAUGGUUUACGGAUCUCUGGAACUAUUCUUUGGUACCUUAUAUUCUGGAGGCAGUAAGAGAAGGUCUUCAGAUGUAUGGGAAACGCACACCAUGGGAAGAUCCCUCAAAGUGGGUACUGGACACAUACCCAUGGAGCUCAGCAUCUCUGCCUCAGGAGAGCCCAGCCUUACUUCAGUUGCGACCAGAAGAUGUUGGAUACGAGGGCUGCACAGCCCCUAAGGAGGCCACAACCUCAAAGCACAUUCCACAGACUGACACGGAAGGGGAUCCCUUGAUGAAUAUGCUAAUGAAACUCCAAGAAGCAGCCAAUUACUCGGGCACACAAAGCCAUGACAGUGAAAGCACCAGCCACCAUGAAGACAUUUUGGAUUCAUCUCUUGAAUCUACCCUCUAGAGGGUGAAAAAAGUUAGGGAAAAGGAUUAUGCUUUUAAAACAUGUUUAGAAAGAAAGGUAUUUCCACUAAACCACUGCCAGUAUAAAAGCACCCUGUCAAGGGCCCUGACCCAGAGUUGUGGUCUCCAAGGAGGCAGGAGAACUAAAUCUGAACCGCCAAGACGCUAAAUUGAAAUGGAAGCUUAACUUUAUGUUAUGUCUAAAAAUUGUUUAUAUCCGUGGAGUGAUCGAAGGCUCCAUUACUCAACUGGAAAAGACCCUAAUGACAGGGCAACUGAAUAGAUUGCACAUGGGAUAGCCAGACUGGACUUUCUUUGUUUCCUCUUUAAAAGUUUACAAUGCAGACCUUUCUUUUGUCCCUCCGUUUUGUUUCCUCUGAGGGACUGUUUUCCCCAGGCAGGGUCCAUUUUUCUGAUCCGUCCAACCUCCUUUGUGCCACAUUGGUGCUGGUCACAGGGCUCCAGUAGUGUUUGUGUUGUGUGCUCACCCCAUUCCAAAAUGAAUCCAAGAGGCCAGUCCUCUAUAAGCACAAAUGGAAUUGUGCAACCACCAGAAAAACACUACUGUGGCAAACUGGAGAAGUGCCAAUUUAAUUCUAACUGCCAUGUUCUCAUAAUGUGCUCCACCAACUUUUUAGUACAUGAGUCACAGGUUUUAUAAGGUUGUUUUUACCACAGUGGUCUUUUUAAACCACCUGCCCACUCCCUUAACAAGAGUUUUAUACCAAUUAUUAGUCAACACUGACAAAGGCUUUUUUAGGGCUUUAUUUGUUUGAGCCUUUUCAGUGAAAGAAGGAACAUUUCCUAUGGUGCUGUCUCACUGCCUUAAAACAGAUUUCUACAGCAGUUUAAUAGUUGGUUGAAAUCCUAAACCAUUGCUAAUUUCCACUGUAUUUUCAUUUACAAUCAAGCAACACCAGUUAACACAGUAGCCUCAUCUCUCUAUAUCUUUCUCUCUCUAUUUUUUUUUAAAGAAAUCUAUAGGAGAAAGAUCAGUAUUUUUACCUUGUUAAUCAAUUGUUUUGCCUAUCCUCCAAAAUAUUCAAAUAACCCAGAAAUCCUCUUUUAUCGUCACUUAAAAGCUAAGACAUGUGGCAAAGUUCCAUCUAGUUCUAAGUGAAAGAGUCAGAAGGCGGGAGGUUUUGAAUUCUUAUCCAGCAGAGCUGGAAGCACUAGAUACAGCAUGAGCACAACUAUUUGGCUUUCCUUCCCUAUUCUUUUUUUUUUUUAAUUGGUUUUGACGCAUGUUGUUUUGAUUGCUAUUGUUGUACAUGAGAAAUUCAGCAUUAAAGAACACUGAAACAGUAAAGUCACUGUGGAAGAGGAAGCAUUUAUACUGUAAAAGAUGGUUAGAUUUGCACAGUCUACUGGGUAGGUAUUGUAAAUAAUAAUUUUUAAAACUUGCACAAAUCAAAACAAACACAAACAAAAUUGUAUUUUAUCUUGUUGGUGUUAAGAGGUGUUUCACUUGCUGAGAUUUCCUGUACGUUGCAAACAAAUACAGAAUGCAGACCUUCAAAGCUGUUAUUAUCUGGUGUGUUUGUCCUGUAUUUACAAUUGUUAUGACUAUGCAGGAGCUAUCAGUGCUAGAGUGAGCAUGCUUCAAAACUGUACACGAAGCCAAUAUUUUUGGAUAAGUAAAACUGUCUGAAAGUACAUCUGUCCUGGCAGGCUUUAAAGAGAGUGCAUGAAAACCGAUGAGAGUCAUUGGAGAAGUUACCACCACACACAGAGGACAGGCUUUGAGUUUAUAAAACCCAAGGGCUCAGCCAAGGUAUAGACUUGUUCUAUGCGUGUGAAAAUGUGUUGCUCUUAGGACGUGUAAUUGGUGCUACUCUCUGUGACCACCCAUGGGUCAGCUGCUAUAGAACAAUAACAACAAUAACACAAAAUAUCUGUGCAGUUUUCAGAGUGUCACUAAGUAUAUAGGUCCUUACACGGUGCUACUGCCCUAAGGGAAAUCUGAACUGAAUUUAUGCACACAGAAUUGUCACCCUGACUUUGAAGCCUCAAACAUGGAUCAAAUCUGUUGUGAAACAUCAAUAUAUGUAGCUGGAUGAGUGACUAGUUGACCUUGUAUAAUAUGUGAUCUAAGAAAAUUGCUAAUCUUUCCCUGCCAUUUUGAGAAACACAGUCCAAACAUGAACAUAAACAGAAUUUCCUGCAAUACAUCCCAGUAGGUCCACCUAGUUUACAACUUAAACUAGUUUGUGAAACAUUUGUCUGUAUACAUUUUAUAUUUUGUACAUUUUUGAUGUAACAUAUCAUGUAAAUAAGCAGAAACAGUGAAAUAAAUCAUCUGAAAAGUUUUGUAGUCUUUGUAAAGCCCCAACAAUAAGUACUUGGUGUCAAUGGACUUAACUGGAUGAUGUAUUUUCUAUUGGUUUAUUGUUCCUCUAGCUUGUAAACCAGCUUGCAUAUAUUUUUUUGCAAAUGUGCACCCUGUAUCUGUCUAAAUUAUUACUUUGCCAUUAAAGUGGAAUUAUUUAUUGACAA